GUUGGUCCCAAAUUUUCUGCUUCAUUAUUAUCUUUCGCACUUCUUCCACUUUUUUCAGUUAUAUUUCUUUGCAGCCGUUUAGCCAACACAUUUCAUACAAAUUUUCAAGUAUUCUAAGUUGGUUGGUCCUGUAAAAGAAGACAACACGUAAACAACAGAAAUUCGAAGAUAUGGUGACUACCACUUCUUCAAUUGGAUUUCUGACUCUUUCAAUAGUUACUCUUGUUCUAAUGCUAGUCGGCUCUACCCAAAGCCUACGGCCAUAUCAUUUUACCUACCAAGGGAAAGGAACAAAGAUGGACAAGCAAAACCAUAUUGUCCACCUUAAGGAAGAAAGAAAAAGGGAUCAGUUAGGAAUGGCUUUGUAUCCAACAGGAUCAAGCCUACCAGAUUGUUCCCAUGCUUGUGGACCUUGUUUUCCUUGUAAGAGAGUUAUGGUGAGCUUCGAAUGCUCCAUUGCUGAGUCUUGCCCCAUUGUUUACAGGUGUAUGUGUAGAGGAAAAUACUACCAUGUCCCUUCCAAUUGAUCCAUCUCGUACCCGAAAACGGCUUAGGAAAAGUUAUCACUGAAAAUUCCAUUUUUUCAUGUAGUGUAAUGUUUAUUAUCGAGUAGUAUUAUGCCUUUUGGGUUAUGCAUGGUUUCGUUCUUGAGAAUAGAGAGGUCAAUAGUUGUAGUAGAGGUUUUUCUUUUUUGGUUGUAGCAGAAAGAAUUAAGAUUUUGUUUGUGGUAAUUGUGUAAAUAGGAGGAGUUAGUGAUGUUGUAAGAGUUUUGUAGGUGUAGUAAGUGAAGUAAGAACGUUCUCUUCUUGCUUUUUGGCAAGACUUUUAUUGCUAGAUAUUAUGUCUAUGAUUUGUCCUGAA